AAGAAGAAGAAGAAGACGUCAUUGUUUUGGUCGACUGGUUUUGCUGCAGACUGAAUGAAGAGAGAACAUUUUGAACAGGGCGAGACAUCUCAUUUGAUAGUUUAAAUAACCAGAUCAGUCACCAUGACAACCAAGCGCGGACUGAUAACUGAUUCAUUCAAGGUGGUGAAGAAAGCGCGGAGGGUGAAACGAGAGAAGAGGCCUUCUCCUCCUCCUCCGCCACAGCAAGAGGCUGAGACUGAAACGGUCCGAGAGGAGGAGCUGCAGAGGCUCAGACAGUUUGACCUGGACUGGAGAUUCGGGCCCUGCACAGGCAUCAGCAGGUUGCAGAGAUGGGAGAGAGCAAAGCUUAAUGGUCUGAGCCCACCCAAGGAGAUCAGAGACCUGCUGCUGCAAACACACACUGACCCCGAGUACAACCGGAGCCUAUGGAGCGACUAUCCUUUGUGAGGAAGACAUUGUAA